AACAGUCACUUCACUAGAAGCAGAAGCACAUUGCAGUUGGCCAGUGAGGGAAGAUUUUUUUGAGCUUUCUUCCCCUCUUUGGUGGGAAUCUGAGGGAUCCAGAGAAGUAUACGAACGCUUAUAUUGGAUAUUUUAUUUUCAGAUUGUCACAAUGUCCAGAGUUGCCAAUCUGUCGAAGCUGCGACAAGAGAGGAUAAGGGAGAUCAACCUGCGGAAUAAAGAGAGAGAGCGCAUGAGGGAGCGAGAGAAGGCGGCAAGGGAGCGGGAGGCACGUUACAGCAAUGGUCACCUCUUCGUGUCAUUGACAGUGUCAGGAACCACACUCUGUUCAGCAUGCAACAAGAGUAUUACUGCCAAGGAGGCGCUCAGCUGCCCUACAUGCAAUGUUACUAUCCACAACCGCUGUCGAGACACUUUGCCAAACUGCGCCAAAAUGAAACAGAGGCAGCAGAAGAUGGCCCUAAUGCGGAAUAACUCAGCUGUACAGAAUGUCACGCUGCGCACAAAAACUCCAGGAAUGCGCGAGCGUCCAAGUUCAGCCAGCUACCCUUCAGACAGCUUCCGACAGUCCUUGUUGGGAUCCCGCCGUGGACGCUCCAGCCUAUCCCUGUCCAAGAGUGUCUCCACCAACAACAUUGCAGGGACCUUGAAUGACGACUCUCCCCUCGGGCUGCGCAGGAUCCUUUCCCAGUCUACAGACUCCCUCAGCUUCAGGACCAGAGCUAUGUCAGUGGAGUCUCUCAAUGAUGACGGAGACAUCUACUAUACUGCAGUAUUGGAGGAUCUGGAACUGGAAGGCCAGGACUUUAAGGCUGACUCAUGGAGCAUGGCUGUGGAUAGCAGCUACUUGCAGGCACACCGCAAAAAUGUCAUCAAGAGGCAGGAUGUCAUCUAUGAGCUGAUUCAGACAGAGCUGCAUCACAUGCGAACGCUGCAUAUCAUGGAGAGGGUGUUCCGGCAAGGCAUGCUGGAGGAGCUUCAGCUGGACCUGUGCACCGUGUAUGCCAUGUUCCCCUGCCUGGACCAGCUGAUCAGGAUACAUUCCCAUUUCCUGGCACAGCUUCUCCUGCGCCGCAACAGCAGCCUGCACUCUGGAUCCAGCCGCAACUUCACCAUUCACCAGCUGGGGGACAUACUACUAGAGCAGUUCUCAGGCCAGUGUGCAGAUGAGAUGCGGAAGACCUACGCCGAGUUCUGUAGCCGCCACUUGAAGGCUGUCAAAUUGUACAAGGAACUGCUGGCCAGAGACAAGAAGUUACAGUGCUUCAUACGGCGGGUGAGUCGCGGACCCCUGCUACGUUGCCAUGGUGUUCAGGAGUGCAUCUUGUUGGUGACUCAGCGGAUCUCCAAGUAUCCUGUCCUUGUUCAGCGCAUUCUGGAUAAUACCACUGAUGAUGAAGAAGAAGCCUCCUCUCUGGCCCAGGCUCUCUCCAUGGUCAGAGAGCUCCUUAGUUCAAUAGACCAACAGAUGGAGGACCUGGAGAAAACACAGCGUCUGCAAGAGAUCCAGGCCAAGCUGGACCCACGGGCUGAGACCAAAGUAAGAGAUGGUGGAAUUUUCAAAACUGGAGAGUUGUUUCGCCGGAGACUUGUCCAUGAUGGGACCCUUUUCUGGAAAACCCCAGGAUCCCGACUCAAAGGUAUGCAACGCUGUGAAAACCUUAGUCUGUGUGUAAAGUAAGUAGUAUGUAGUAAGGUAGUAAAGUAUAAGUAUUUAGUAUGUAGGACUGCACAGAAGGAUGUCUUGUAGGCUCAAUCUGGCUCUAAGGCUCCCCGAAACAAGGGCUUACUGUAUUAUCAUGGCUACCUCCCUGAGCUACUACUGCAACAACUGCAUGUAAUAGCUGCUAACUUGCCAAAUGACUAUGGUUGACACGGUCGCUAACACACAGUGAGGAACGCAGUAUAAUUACAGGAAGAUAUUAAAGCUACAGUUAGUUACUAUAAUGAAAUUUACUUUUUGUCCAGCAUAUCAUCUUUACAAAGCAAGUUUACAGAUGGAGAUUGAUGACUCGUCUGCUCAUAGUAGGUUUACAGGUUUACAUUAAGUCUCAUAGGCAAGACCAUUAAACAAAAAAAAUUAUAAAACAU